AUGGCGACAAGCAAGAGUGCCGCUUAUGAUUAUCUCAUAAAGCUAUUGUUGAUUGGCGAUUCAGGUGUUGGCAAAAGCUGUCUGUUGCUCCGUUUCUCCGACGACUCUUUUACGCCGUCUUUUAUUACUACGAUUGGAAUCGACUUUAAAAUCCGGACGAUCGAGUUGGACGGCAAACGUAUCAAAUUGCAAAUUUGGGAUACUGCGGGUCAAGAACGGUUCCGUACAAUUACAACCGCUUAUUAUCGUGGUGCUAUGGGAAUACUUUUGGUUUAUGAUGUCACAGAUGAACACAUAAGGAACUGGUUCUCCAACAUAGAGCAGCAUGCAAGCGAAGGAGUAAAUAAGAUUCUCAUUGGAAACAAGUGUGACUGGGUCGAGAAGAAGGUUAUCACCAAAGAACAGGGACAAUUACUUGCUGACGAGUUUGGUAUCAAGUUUUUGGAGACUAGCGCUAAGGCUAACACUAAUGUCGAGGAAGCAUUCUUCACUUUGGCCAGGGAUAUCAAGAAACGACUCAUUGACAAUCAUUCUCAGGACCCACAGCCUCGCAAUAGACUUGACUUGGAUCCGAAUGGUCAGAAAGCUGGCCAGGGUUCUGGCUGCUGUAAAUAG